AUGAAACUACCAAUAAUGCCAAAGAUUCAAGAUUUAAUUAGGAUGUAUGGUUUAUCAGCAAAACAACAACUAUCACAAAACUUUUUAUUGGAUCUAAACAUUACAGACAAGAUAUGUAGAGAAGCUGGAGGAUUUAAAGAUUGUACGGUCAUUGAAGUAGGAGCAGGACCUGGUGGUUUGACGAGAAGUCUGUUGACGGCGGGCGCUAAAAAGGUGAUUGCCGUAGAGAUGGAUCGACGUUUUAUACCGGCACUUAGAAUGUUGGAAGAGGCAAGUGAAGGUAGACUUAGUGUCGUAAUGGGCGAUAUGAUGAAAGUAGAUGAAGGUGAAUUACUACGACACUUUCAAGCUGAAAAGAUGCCUUGGGAAGAAAAGAGUAAGGUCAAGAUUGUAGGUAACCUUCCAUUCAACGUUGGUACACAUCUCAUGCUCAAAUGGGUACGACAGAUCAAACCAAGAGAAGGUCUGUAUGCCUAUGGAAGAGUGCCGAUGGUUUUGAUGUUUCAAAAAGAGUUGGCCGAGCGAAUCAUUGCACCGGUCGACUCGCACAACUAUGGUAGAUUGGCAGUGAUGGUCGGUCAAGAAUGUCAUUCGAAAAUCAUAUACGAUCUACCCGGCAAGGUGUUUGUACCACCCCCCAAAGUAGACGCCAGCGUCAUUCACAUAGAACCUCUAGUCGAACCAAUCGGUCAAGUAGAUUCAAAAGAACAUUUAGAAUUUAUUUGUAGAAGUUUAUUUAAUCAUCGUAGAAAAACAAUUUCAAAUGCCCUAAAACCAAUGGGAAAAGGAUCAGAGGGGUUAUUAGGAGAUAUUGAUCCUUCUAGAAGACCACAAAGUUUAACAUUUAAAGAAUUUGCAGAUAUUACCAAUAGAUAUACGGCAUGGCCAGAUAAAAAACAAAUGGAUUAUUCAGAGUUUACAAAUGAUGCUGGUGCCAUACGAGAGGCAACUAAAAAAGAAAAAAGAUCACAAAAGAAACAACAAAGAAUCGAUGAAUUGCAAAAGGAAAGAGAACAAUUUGAAAAGUUGGAUAAAAAGGAACAACAAAAAUACCUACAUCAACUCGAUGUCGAAUCGCAACCUGGUUAUCAAUUGGGUGAAAAACUUAAACUGCAAGAGGAAAUGGAUGGAUUGGAUGAUAUGUCUACAAGAGAAAUGGAAACACUUCAUAGAAAUCUUACAACUAGUGUUUUAACUGAUCAAACUCUUCAAAAAGAUUUGGAUAAAAUAUUUAAUCAACAAAAUUUGGAAAAUCAAGAAGACGAAGAAAAUGAUAAAGAUGAUGAUGAAAGUGAAGAAAUUAAAGAUGAUGAAAGUGAAGAUGAAGAUGAAGAAGAUGAAGAUGAUGACAAAGAUUUUGAAGAUUAUGAAGAUUUUGAAGAAGAUGAAGAUACAAUUGUAAAAAAGAAGUAA